AUGUGCAUGUUUUACAUUCUGUGGUUUAUUGCAGUUGCUGACACAUUACUUUGGAAGAAUAAAAGGCAGACACUGGCAGUUCUGUUAGCAUUGGUUGCAAUUUACUACAACUUCAUUGCUUCGGGUGCUACAAUUAUCACUGCAGUUUCAAAGCUUCUCUUGUUGUCACUAUUUUUAUUGUUCAUCCAUGGCAGUUUGCCGAAUAGAAUGUAUGGAUAUACAGUAGAGAAAAUUCCAGCAUCAAAUUUCCACUUAUCAGAAGAGAAAUCAAGGAACAUUGUUAUGUUGAUGGUUUCGACCUGGAAUGGCGGUGUUAAUGCUUUGAAAUCUCUUUGCAAGGGGAAGGAUUGGAUACUUCUCUUCAGGGUGUUUUUUUCUUUACUGCUUCUAAGCUUCCUUGGAGCCGUAUCUUUUCACUGUUUUUGUCAUAGGACUUCCCCUCGCCUUUAUAGCUUUCUAUGUAUUCGACAAAAAGGAGCAAGAAAUCGAUUCUUUCAUUCUAGAAGCUUUAUCAACGGUGUGCAAAUUGAAAUCUGGUAUUUCCAGGAAGAUAGUGUCCUCCAAGAAGAAUGACUGAUAGCAUACUACACCAUUGGGAACUUGACAUCAUGGGGAGAAGUACUAUCAAUUAUUUUGAGCUCUUUUCCGAGGACUUUAAGCAUAUGGACAUGUAACAUUGCCACUUUGUAAUUUAGUCAUUUCAGUUCUGAACGAUUCAUUUCGA